AUGAGUGGGAAAGCAGCAACAUCCGUUGCCUCGGUUCCCUUCAUAAUUCCCAAGCAGAUAAAGGUGCGUUUCCAUAAUUUUUGUUUAGUUUUCCUUAUUUUAGAGAUCAAAAACUGCCGUCCUCAAAGCUUUGGCUUCAACUGUCGGAACUGACACCACAGCUCCUCAUUUCCAGUUCAUCGAUGAUCCAUUGACAAUUCCAUCUUCUAAUUUCACAAAAAGGAACUAUUUCCUGGCGAAGGAAUUCGGGAAACGGGCAGCCAGACAUCUAGCAAAAGAAUGGCCAACUUUAUUCAUGUUCGACCGUGAUGAGCCGAGAUUGCCCGUCUUCCGACCAGAGAAUUUACCGGCUUUGGUGGAAUCAGAGGCUCCCAGUGAAGAUUUGUUGAUUCGGUUAUUAGAUGGACGAGAAGUUCAUGGUGCUCUUCAGGUGAGUUGCAUAAUGUAGUAGUUAUCAACAAUAUCGGUUUAUUUUGGUUUUUAGGUCUACGAGAAGAUCAGAGCCGGCAAAAUCGAUGUUUCCAAGGAUACUUUGGACAGGUUGUUCAAACAGGCCGCAUAUUAUAAUGGACAGAAUCCACCAGUUAGCGAAGAAGUUGAAUGGCAUGGAAUCAGGAAUUAUUUCGAGGAUUUUGAAGGAAAGUGGGAAAGGGUAAGUGUCUUCUGUCUUCCCUCACAUUUUUAUGGUGGAGAUUUGAUUGUUUCGCUUUUAGAACGGUCCAAUUGAACUUUUGUUUCAAACGGUUGAGCAAAAUGCUGAAAAUUAUUCGAUUUUAAUCGCCGCUAAAGCCAAAUAUGGUGAUACGGCUGCUCUGCUUGAAGCGUACAAGCAUUUGGACGAUAUGAUUGGGAAGAAGCUCAUUCCAGAAGAGUUCGCCUUCAAUUGUCUGCUCAGAGUUGAACAAAAUCCCAAGAAAGCUUUCGAAUUGUUGUCUAAAAUGGCUAAACUGAACGUCAAGCCAUCCAUCAGAACGUUCAAUGCCUUUAUUAUGGCGCAGAACAAGGUACGCUGAUAUUUCUUGGGUCUUAUCUUUUUUUAGAACGUUGAUUUUGCUAACAAAUGGGGAAAUGUGAAGAAAGCUUUGGCCGAAGUGAAUCGACUAAGGUUGGUGCCUUCGUUGACAACUUUUGAUCUCGUUUUGGGUGGACUGAGAAGUCAGAAGGUCCAAGGAAGUGAAACCCCACCAGUUCAAGGCACUCAGGAACUUGUAAGAAAUGUUUCUAAUAUUAUUUUAGACAUUUCCGUUUCAUUUUUUUUUAUUUAUUGCUCUGCUUUAGGUAUUGGCGAUAACAGCGUUGAGUGAGAUUAUGGAUAUCCUCGAAUCCCGUCCUCAGAUUGAUCCCCAUGACCAUACCGAUCAGAAUUUCUUUGUAACAGCCAUGUCCGUCGCCACUGCCGCCAACAACGCGGAAAUGGUUGAUAGAGUCGAGGCUCUCUACAGAUCGGACAAAAACAAUGUCAAGAUGACUGCCUUUACUGUAGAAGCCGUGUUUUACAAUCGGUAUUUGAAUUAUAAGAUAUUCACACAACUAACGGAUAUCAAUGAAAUUGGAGAAAUUUAUAUUUCUUUGGUCCCAAGAUUGGUUGGAGUCAGUCGAAUGGUCAUCAAAAACGUACUCAAUAAAUUCCCUGUGAGUGAACUCUACUUUAUUACGCGAAAAUUUUACAGUUUAGCCGAUAAUUGAUGUUAUUUUAGGCCGAGAAUCCUCCUUGGGCUCUUUUAAAGCGAGUUAUUGAAGAUGGAAUUUCCGGAAGACAGAUCACUGAUACCGAUUUAUGCCGAUCAUUCCUCCGACAUCUUCUCAAAGUCAAUGUUGAUGUAAGUAUUGCAAUUACAGUCAUUUUUACCUUAUUUUAGUCCUUGGACAUCCGAGAAUCAGAACAAUUCCGUAAUCUGAUUGUCAAGUUGAAUGAUAUCUGGUUGGAAUUUGCAAAUUUCACAGAUGAAAAUCUGAAGAAUCGCCAGAUUAAACUCCGCCCAUCGAUGGCGACUCAAACCGCAAUCUUGUUGUUAAAGGUCGGGGAGCACGAGAAGGCCUUUUCUCUGAUCAAUCUGCUCACUUCAGCCGAUUCGGACGUCCUUAAUUUAGAGGAUAAACCAAGCUUGGACUAUCUGCUAGCCUUAUUUGAUGCUGUUAUCGAGACCAAUAGUCUCAAUCAAGCCUCCAAUGUCCUGGAAAUCAUUGCCAGGCAUUAUAAAGAAGGUCCCUUGGAGCAAUUGGCCGAGAAAAUCACCAAGAAAUUCGUGUUGAACUCCACUCAGAAACGAGUCAUCACCAACUUUGUUAAACUUAGGAACCUUUGA